GGGGCCGGCGCCUCCUGACUGGGUGUGGGAGAGCCCGGGCUGAGGCUCUGAGAUCAUCAGAAAUUGAAAGUGCUGCAAGGAUGAAAAGAAAGGGCUCAGUUUCUGAAGAUGUUGAAUUUACUUUUACACCACUGGUGAUCUUAGAGCUUGCCAAAGAUACUCCAGAGAAGACAACGGAAUGGCUCAUUCAAAAAAUCAAAGAUGGAAAGCACUUGAGUGGUGCCCAUUUGAGUAUCAGACCUUUGGAGGAAAACUCCAAAGUAUAUGUUAUUGGAGCAUCUUGGAGAAGGUUACUGCUUGGAGCUGAAAGCUUGGGCUUCGUUAAGGAAUUUCAGGAUGGAUCAAUGAGAGUCUUUACUUACAACAAUAGAGAGGAUUACAAACAUUUUACAAAUGAUGACAGUGAUUUUCUGACAAUGGCAGAAAAGCAGUACAUCAUCAAACGUGAAUUGGAAAAUCUGAGGGCAGUAAAUGAGACCAUGGUCCCUGGUCACCCACAAGCCAAACUCUACCCUGGAAAAUCAAUCUUUCGCCGUUUGCAAACCAGUGGAAUUCUAAUUCAACUCUAUCCCCUACAUGAACCAGCAGAACUUAAAAAGCUCAGUUUUAUCUGGUAUCGGCAAGUAAAGUUUUCCUUUCAGCCUCUUGAUGAGAUCCAGAAAUACUUUGGACAGAGCAUUUCGCUUUAUUUUGCUUUCUUGGAGUAUUUCACCUUUGCUUUGUUUCCCAUGGCUGUAAUUGGAGUGCCUUACUAUGUAUUUGCAUGGGAAGAUUAUGACAAGUAUAUAGUGUUUGCCACUUUCAACCUUGUGUGGUCAACCAUUGUCCUGGAAGUCUGGAAGCGUUGGUGUUCUAGACUUUCGUAUAAGUGGGGGACACUGACAAUGAAGAGGGAGUUUGAAGAACCUCGGCCUGGUUUUCAUGGCACGUUGGGAGUGAAUCCAGCCACUGGCAGAAAGGAGCCUGUAUAUCCUUCUUACCGACGGCAGCUGCGUAUCUACUUGGUUUCAGUGCCUUUUGUCUGCUUCAGCCUCUACAUCUGUAUUGUUGUUAUGAUGAUCUACUUUGGAAUGGAGGAUCUGGUUUUAGCCUAUAAUGAAGAGGCUCAAUCAAUGUUCAGCAGUAGCUUGCUGUAUCUCCCUAGUGUUGUUUAUGCUUUAGUUAUUGAAAUUAUGAAUCGAAUUUACAGAUAUGCUGCCACAUUUUUAACUUCAUGGGAAAACCACAGGCUUGAAUCAUCUUAUCAAAAUCAUUUAGUUUUGAAAGUGUUGGUGUUCAAUUUUGUGAACUGUUUUGCAUCCCUUUUCUACAUUGCAUUUAUUCUUCAGGAUAUGAAACUUUUGAGACAGAAUCUGGCUGCCUUACUCAUUACCUCACAAAUAAUCAACCAGUUUGUGGAAUCCUUGUUUCCUUAUUGCCUUCAAAAACGCCGCAAAAAGAUUAUCAAGCAGAAGCUUAGUACAUCAACUGAAGAAAAGGAACUUCCGUUAACUGAUCAAGUCAAGCUGGAAGGGAAAAUGGACACAUUCUUGGGGACAUUUGAUGAUUACUUGGAAUUGUUCCAACAGUUUGGCUAUGUCAGUCUUUUUUCAUGUGUUUACCCUCUGGCGGCUAUAUUGGCAGUUUUGAACAAUAUCACCGAAGUAUUUUCUGAUGCUCUGAAAAUGUGUCGUGUCUUCAAACGGCCAUUCUCCCAGCCUGGAUCUGAUAUUGGAGUCUGGUUGCUGGCUUUUGAAACAAUGGGAGUUAUUUCAGUGAUGACCAACUGUGCACUAAUUGGGAUGUCUCCCCAAGUGAAGAGUUUCUUUCAGGGAAAAAGCAUAGAGCUUGUCCUAUUGAUUGUGGGUGUGGAGCAUAUACUGUUGGGUCUGAAAUUCAUCCUGGCAUUUGCCAUCUCUGAUAUACCAAGAGACAUUCGUAAUAAAGUCGCCAGGUUGGAAUUCGAGUCCAUGGAAGCCCUCAAACAAAAGCAAAUGAAGGAAGCUGAUGAGUUCCUCAAAAAGGAACAGCAAAAGGAUGAAAUGAGAAAAGAAAACCAAGUCAAGAAGAUUUAGUGUAAAGUGAAUACGACUGACCUUAAUCAACUUAAGCUAUACACCAAAAUGUAAUAUCGAUAAGUAAUGGGUGUGAAAAAUAUGUAUUGCGUGAAAACUCUACAAAGCAUGGUGCUAAAUUAUAAUCAAUUCUUCUGUAAAUUUAUUCAUUAACUCUCGCAUGAAGUGUUACCAUUUAGUUUGUGCAUCUAAAAUAUAUAAACCUAUUUUCACUGUGGAAUAAAGCAUUAAUCAGGAUGUGUAUGUGUAUGGAUAACCAAAAGGAGAUUUAUCCCAGAUGACCAACGUUUCAAGCAGACAGCUAGCAAUUUUCCCAGUAACAGGCUACGUGCAGUGUGAAUGCUCGGAACAUGAGUCGGUCAAAAUUUCAACUGCUCUUUAUCUUGAAUUUGUAAAAGAUGGAAUGAUUUGAGAUUUUAUUUUUAAAAAAACUAUAAAUCAUAAAUACGAAUACACUACUUGAACUUUAGCAUUUUGCUAAAUUAAAGUGUAUUGGAGCAAGUGACUUUUAAACCAAACUGCUGAUAUUAAUGUCAUUGUAAAUUAAUAAUAAUCUUAAUUUGCACCCAUUUUUAUUGACCAGCUUCAUCCUAUCCUGAUUGUAGCCUUUGGGUUCAUGGGUUUUAUAUAAUUUUUUUCCCCUACUUAUGAAAGAGUCCAAAACUAGGGAUCAGAAAUAUGGUAGUUUACUAAUAAAUACACAGUGGAGUUCAGGAUAAACUUCUUUACCCAGAGAGUGACCAAGAUUUGCAACUCACUACCACAGACAGGUUGGCACACACAUCAUAUGUAAUUUUAAGUCGAGAUGGAUCAGCAUAUGAGGUGCAAAAAGGAAAAGCUGUGAAGGAGUAAAGUGGGAACUUGCAGCACUCCAUUCUCUCAGGUUCAAUUUUGAUAUUGUUAUUAAACUUGAUGAGACAUGCUGUAUCUGUCUGCUGUGCUGACCUUUACCUAGCAGAGACUAAAUGACAAUUCUGACAUUUUCCUCCAAUUUCCUACUGGAUCACGUGCCCACCACUAACUAUUCCCCCACUGUUUCCAGAGCUGUCACCAAUUUCUUCCCUCUGCAGUCUCCAAACUCUUAGUCCCCUGCUCUGCCUUUGAUCCAAAAUGCACAAUCAGGACUACCACAGAACACCCAUUGCUUCAGUCUGUUCAGCCAGGGCAGCACAGUGGCUUAGUGCCAGUUCGAUUCCACGCUCGGAUGACUGUGUGAAGUUUGCACAUUCUCUCUGUAUGGAUUUCUUCCAGGUGCUCCAGUUUCCUCCCGGUCUUCAGAUGUGUAGGUUAGGUGGAUUGACUGUGCUUGAGAGUGUGGUGCUAGAAAAACACAGGAGGUCAGACAGCAUCCGAGGAACAGGACAAUCGACAUUUCGGGCAUAAGACCUUCUUCAGGAAUUAUAGAGACCAUACUAUGCCUGAAACGUCAAUUCUCCUGCUCUGCGAAUGCCACCUGACUUGCUGUGCUUUUCCAGCACUACACUCUUGACUCUGAUCUCCAACAAGCAUAGAUUGACUGUGCUAGCCUGCCCAUAGUAUCUGGGAUGUGCAGGCUAGAUGGAUUUGUUGUGGGAAAUGCAGGGGCACAGUGAUUGGAGUGGGUGGUGGGUCUAGUUGGGAUGCUUUUUGGAGAAUCCAUAUGGACUAGAUGGCCCCAAUGGCCUGCUUUCACACUGUAGGGAUUGUAUAUCUUCUAACUCAAUUUCUUCUCCCUUUGUUCAAUCUUUUACACUCUUCAUCCAUAGUUCUUUUGAUGACUCUGGCAAUUUAACAGAUUCCUUGCCCUAAGGUGUAACCAUGGGCAACUGUUUUCCAGUAAGGACUCUUUUGAUCUCCUCCUAGUUUCUCUCUCCAUCAGAUAUGUUUAGGGAAUUCAAGCUUCCAUACCAUUACUUCUGUCUUCCCUUUCCCUUGACCAAUGAUGAUCCUCCUCCUCCCAUUCACCAGGGGUAAUGGACUUCCUGGUCCAUUCUAUAUUUUUCACAUUUCAUGCUAUCCUCUUCCCCUGCCUCAUGGAACCAGGAUAGGGAAUCACUUGUCUUUAUCUUGCAUUUCUCUAACCUGCCAUCAUUUAAAAAAAGCAUUGCAAUUCCAUCUGCUAUCACUCAAAACAAAAUCUCACUCGUCCUCUGCUUUCACCAUUCCAAACAGCCUGCAGCCUCAUCAACACACUGGUCCGGUCCUAAGGCACCUCAAACAACCUUCAUUUUCCUACGACACUUUUCUGUACAACAUCCACUUCUCAUCAUCCAAAGAUCCAAACAUUUCCAAGUGGGGGAAAAAAAUUCAUAAACACCAAUGUUGGUUCAUAUGUGAUUAGGAGUAAUUUAUUAGCCUGGAUAGAUGACUGAUUGAUGAACAGAAGAUAAAAAGUCAGGACAAACGGGUUUGUUUUCUGGAUGGCAAGAUGUUACUAGUUGAAUGUUGGCUUUUAUAGCUAAGGGAGUAGAAUAUAAAGGUAAGGAAGUGUUGUUGCAGUUUUGGUCCCCUUAUUUGAGGAAAGAUGUUGUGGUAUUGGAGGCAUUUCAGAGGAGAUUCACUAGUUUGAUUGAUCCCAGAGAGGAUGGGUUUGUCAUAUAAAGAGAGAUUGAAAAGUUCAGGUCUAUAAUUCUCUGGAAUUUUAGAAGAAUGAGGGGAGAUAAAUUGAGGUAUUCAAGAUGAUAAAAGGUGUGAAUAAAAUAGAGGUAGAGAGGAUGCUUCAUCUUGUGGAGCAUUCUAGGUGGAGAGCUUAUAGUCUUAGGAUAAUGGGUAGCAAAUUUAAAACAGAGUUGAGGAGAAACUAAUUCUCCCAAAGGUUGGGAGUCUGGAAUUUGCUACCCCAAAAUGCAGUGGAUGCUGGGACAGUGACUAAAUUUGAGGAAGUGUUAGAUCUUUAGUUGGUUGAAGGGAUAUGGAGAGAAGGCAGAAUGGGGAAAAGGCUGAUUGAAUGAGAGAGGAGAUUCGAUAGGCUGAAUGACCUGGUUCUGCUUCUAUAUCUUAUGACCUUAUCAGGCAAGUGCUUUCAAGAACAACUUAUUCCGACUACAUGUAUGACCCUGAGCUUUUCAUUGGCUAUCAUUUUAAUUUUCCAUCUUGCUCCCCUCUUGACUGCAUCCCGCUGAUACAGUUCCAUUGAAACUGAACACAAGUUCAAGGAACAGUGACUCCUACUUUGAAAAGGAAAUUUACAACCUUCCAGACUCAACAUGGCGUUUAAAAAUCCUGGAUCAUAACUUACAUCACCAACUUGUUUUUUCUUCCUCAUUUCCUAUCUUGAGUUUGUAUUGUUUGCACUUCUAGAUCUUUUAUUUUAAAAAUUGCCAUAUCACUUCCUUUUUUGACUUAACACCACAACUUAUGUCUUAUUACCAACCUCUGUCCAAGCACCACCUUUUCACAUGCUGAAAUCCUGCUAAGUUUUUAAAUCAGUUCUGAUUUAACAUUUAGACUGACGACAUUUAUUUUCCGACUCCCUCCACAGAUGCUACCAGACCUUAGUAUUUCCAGCAUUAGAAAUUAAUACAAAAGCAAGAAUUUGCUUUUAAAGUGAGAAGAGGCCUAAACACAUUCUCCAAUUGAGCAAAAUGCCUGUUUCUAAGUAAUUCAGGACAAUACAGUCUUCUGAAAUAAAUUGAGCGCUCUGGCUGCUUUCAUUGCCCCCAGGUUUAGGUUAAUAAGUUUAUUCUUACAAACACCCACUGAGUGUGUGUUGACUUUGUUCCCAAAUGGCUUUUGAAAGGAAUAUUUGAGCAUUAAAAUUGAGAGUGCGUUAGGUUAACAACUGUGGACAGUGUUCUGACCUGAUACAUCUCUUUGGCUGCAUAUCAAGAUGCAAAGUGAAGCUACAAUAUGGAAACAAUAACUAAAAUUCCCUGCUAGAGUAUACAGGGUAGGAGUAAGUCCCUUGAUUUAAAUACUGGUAACUAGUACCUAUACCAUAUGUUCAUCUCAAGUGCUUGAUAGUUGGCAAAUCAAGGUACCCUGAUCUAAAGCAUGGAUAAUAGUGCUGCACACCCACUCAAUGCUAUUUACUGGCACCCCCAUCAGCUCCUGAAAUGUCAUUUUACCAAUAGUACCAAGGUUCCAAGGCAUAGCCCAGUUCCAAAUUGCCACCCUUCCAGCCACAUACAAGCUUUUGCUGGACUUGUGGUAGCUGUGGACUUUUGAGCGAAUAUAUCUAAAUGUGCCCCUUAUCAGAUGAGGUGAAUGAUUAUUAUAUAAAAGUAAAGUGCACAUUUUACUUCAACAAAGCAAGAACAUGAGGAGAAUCAAUAAAUAGCAUUGUAGUAUACCAUCUGACCUGAAACUGUAUUGCCAUUCUGUCAGUAUCACACAGGCCCUCCCUUACAACACUAUGGUGUUUGCUCAUGACAUGGACUGCAGGGUGGAUCACCAUUUCCUUCUAAAGGGGAAUUAGAAAUGGAUAAUAAAUGCUGGUCUUAAUAGUGACACACUUCUCAAGAGAUUAGAGAACCAUCCUGUUUUUCCUUAUGAUGAAGCUAAACCACACUCACACUAAUGUUUAUAUUCAGAACCCCAAGCUGUGGAAAUGCACGAAUAAUGUGCCAUCCAUUCAGUAACCUGAAUUAUUUUAGAUGUAUAGUCAAUAUGGCAUCUACCAUCUCCCAAUCCAGUUGUAUAAUUACAUUGGUGUUUGACAUACUGCAAAUCUUUCAAAAAUGUAGAGUCUGGAAUCAGCCCUUAAAGAACCAUCCAACUUGCAUUUUUAUAUCACCUUUGAAAUGGUAGUGUUCCAAAGUAUUUUCAACAGAAUGAUAAGUUUUGUUUAAUCUCUUUAAUAUAUUCCUUGGAACAAUAUUAAGUAGAAGUUAUGGAAAGAGUUCCAGAGCCCAGUGGGGCAAUGCUGUGGCUUUGAGACGUGUAUUUUGUCUUGAUUUCUUUUGAGAGAUUGAACGAAAAGCACCAAGCAGUCUGUGGUAGCACAAACAGCUUGUGAGGCCUCGAGAUUUUUUUUUAAAAAACUUGGAACAAUAGAAGCAGCCUGGAUGGGUGUGGCCAGCACCCAGACCAGGAUUUUUAGGUUUAAGUUUUUAGAUUUGACAUAAGCUGCAGUUUUGAAGCAGCAGCUACUCCCCCCUCUCCCUCCACCCCCCUCCCCUCCCCUUCUCUGUUACACCUGCUAGGGUUUUUCUUCCUAAUGUGGGCACUGCAUACAAGAAAAUCAGAUUUCUGAAUUUGCCUUUUGAUAAAGGACAUAUUUAUGGGAUGUUACUAAUAUUGGAACAGUUAGUUUGUAAUAGUUACUGUAUCUAUUACUGUUACAUUUUCCAAUAAUGUUAUGUUAUUCCAAUUUCUUCUUUUAUUGCAUUUUAACUUUAGAGUUCAAAUAAAUUGUUUUGCUUAA